GUUGGCGUUCGAAAUCAACCAAUGAUAGGCUUGCUCCGGGGCUUUCUCUCCGCCUCCUCCGCUAGCCUGGGAGUGCUCGGAGAGAAGCGGGUUGUUGGUGGCCGGUUCGGAAACGUUGCUUGGGAGAACACGAGAUGACCGGUUCGAACGAGUUCAAGCUGAACCAGCCACCCGAGGAUGGCAUCUCCUCGGUCAAGUUCAGCCCCAACACCUCCCAAUUCCUCCUGGUCUCCUCCUGGGAUACAUCUGUGCGCCUCUACGAUGUGCCCGCCAACUCCAUGCGACUCAAGUACCAGCACACUGGUGCUGUCCUGGACUGCGCCUUCUACGAUCCAACGCAUGCCUGGAGUGGAGGAUUAGAUCACCAACUGAAAAUGCAUGAUUUGAACACUGAUCAAGAAAAUCUCGUCGGAACCCAUGAUGCCCCUAUCAGAUGUGUGGAAUACUGUCCGGAAGUGAAUGUGAUGGUUACUGGAAGUUGGGAUCAGACAGUUAAACUGUGGGAUCCCAGAACUCCUUGUAAUGCUGGGACCUUCUCUCAGCCGGAAAAGGUGUACACCCUGUCAGUGUCCGGGGACAGACUGAUUGUGGGUACAGCAGGCCGCCGAGUGCUGGUGUGGGACUUGAGGAAUAUGGGCUAUGUGCAGCAGCGCAGGGAAUCCAGCCUGAAGUACCAGACUCGCUGCAUCCGUGCCUUCCCAAACAAGCAGGGUUAUGUGUUGAGCUCCAUUGAAGGCCGAGUGGCGGUGGAAUACUUGGACCCAAGCCCCGAGGUUCAGAAGAAGAAGUACGCUUUCAAGUGUCACAGGCUAAAAGAAAACAACAUUGAGCAGAUUUACCCAGUCAACGCCAUUUCCUUUCACAAUAUCCACAAUACGUUUGCCACAGGUGGUUCUGAUGGAUUUGUAAAUAUUUGGGACCCGUUUAACAAAAAGCGACUCUGCCAGUUCCACCGCUACCCUACUAGCAUUGCGUCUCUUGCCUUCAGUAAUGACGGAACUACGCUCGCAAUAGCGUCGUCAUAUAUGUAUGAAAUGGACGACACGGAGCACCCUGAAGAUGGUAUCUUCAUUCGCCAAGUGACAGAUGCAGAAACAAAGCCCAAGUCCACGUAAUCAGCUGGUGAAAGUUGUCUCUCUGCAGAAAGCUUUGCCUCGUAGAAACACUUGCUUCCCCCCCGAGGGCUGCGUCUAGUCAUUGGACACUCGGUCUAGUAUGUGGAUUUCUCUGUUUCCUGUCAACAGAACCGUCUCUGUGUCUUCCGUAAUUGUGUGGGGUGGGGAGGCUUCAUGCCCUUGUACAGUAGUCGAGUUCUCCUGUCCCUAAGCAAGCCCUGUUGCUGUUAGUGUUUCAGUUCUUUGUAGCACAAUCUAAAACUGUUCAUAUUUUUCUGCUGUCUAAUAAAUCAGAGUUUGGAACUUUUAAAGGUUGGGUGUUUUUAAAGAUUUUGGUAAUUAUUGUCAUUUACUGCAUAACAAGACUUCUCUUAGGCAAAGUGCUCUGCAUCAAGGUCACGUUGUGGGUAACAUUUGUCUUUAAAUGUACACUGCCUCAUUUAUUCAUGCCUGCUCUUGAACACUGGGGAUCCAGCUCUGGAUAAAGGAAUCCACUUGAGCUCAGUCAGCCAUUUUGCCCAUGUUCCUUUGGCGGAUCGGUGAGGCCUGUGAGCCAUCUCUACAGCUUCCCUCAGGAUGGGCACAGGCUGGCAGCCUCUGGGCAUGUCUGGCACCACUGCUAGCAAUGCCAGUGCUGCAGCGCUCAUGCAUCCCUGUGUUCACAGUAGCAUCCUCUGCAGACGGAGGACCAAAUGGCAGGCCCUUCUGGACUUAGCCAUCAGCUGCUACAUUGGAGUGAAGUCCAGGAGCUGACCGGUGGCAUUGGUCCUAUGGUGUGGUUAUGUGCUUUUUAAAGUCAUAACCACCUGGUUGAGAGCAGAGCCUACAUUCCACACAUUGUGUUAAAGAUGACCAAAUUAAAGCCAUGUUCUGGACUUGUGUUUGAUGUGUUAUAAGAAAGCUUCUUAUGGUUUCUUUUAGCUGUCCUUCUGUCCCUUAAAACAAAAUGUAUGUCUGUCUGCCUCCCCUGCAUACUACUUGCCCAGCUCGCCUUCUCAGUUUGCCUGUUUAGUAUUACAGCUCCUUUUACCUCCAAUUUCCCUUUACUUCCAGUUUACCUUGCCCUUUUCUUUUUGAGAUUGUCUUUAUUUUUAUUUUAUGUGUUUGGGUGUUUUGUUGGCCAUGAGUAUCUGUGUACCAACAGUGUGCAGUACACUGGGAAGCCAGAAGGGGGCAUCAGAUCCCCGGAACUAGAACUAGAAAUAGUUGUGACCCUCCAUGUAGGUGCUGGGAAUUGAACUCUGGGUCCUUUGGAAGAGCAGCCAGUGCUCUUAACCUCUGAGCCAUCUCUCCAAUCCAACAUUGGCAUUUUCAAUGGGUUUUCUUACCGAUACUGUAAAUGUUUCUUCACUCUGUCUUUCUGCUGACUGCGACUGUUCUCAGGGUCUUUUGGGUGAAUGUUACACAUUCAGUCCUUUUCCUAAAUCCUGUGUCUCCUAGAGUGAUGGCUUUCUUGUGUUUUAGCAGAGUGCAAGUCAGCAUAAUGGCAUGACAGACUAAAGUUUGGUCAAAUUUGCUCUUUUUGUAUGUGGGGUAUCUGGUGGGUGCAUAUAUAUGUGUAUCACCUAAAUUUAGUGCUGGUUAUGAUGUCUUGACAUGAUUUUACAAUAAAUACAUUGUCACUUGCAAUUUUCAGAAACUGUUCAAUGUCUUUCAAAAUUAAAAACCAGUAACACUUGUA